UGAAUGCUUGAGACUAUAAAAUGAAUCAGACAACUGUAUUACUGCCAUAGGUAACUGUCUAGAGCUACAAUUUAUUUACUUUAAUAAAAGAUCAAAGUUCUAUUUUUUUACUUCCAUAAUAUUUGAGGGAGGGGGCACAACAAUACAAUCUGGCCCUGAUGAUUGAACUCUUCUUGGUGGACACACUGUUUUAGAUGUAGUGAGAAAACAACAAGUGUCAUAGAUUUGAUUUAAAAAUGAUAAAGUUCAAUUGAAGGGAAUAAUUGUGUUAAAUACAUUCUAUUAUUAAUCCCUCAUAACAUUUACAAUUGAAAAUUUUCAUGUUUAAACAGUUACAAUUGCUGGACGUGUUUUGUACCAAGAAUCAGUGUUAAGUGAAAUAUUUAAAACUAAAUGGUUGAAUGUAAUUAAACAUUUUAAAUGUAAAAUAAAUUCAAAAAGUUUUGCUGUCUAGAGUUAAGUAAACUUAACCUAAAGUAUCGAUCUCAUUAGGCUAGUAACGAUCAGAUACCAAUACCAACGUAUGCAAUCGAGAUAAGUAUCGUUCUGCCCACCCCUAAAGAGAAGGAAACGAAACUGAAAGUUUCAGUAAAGUCUAGAUAGGCUACGACGCUAUUUCAGAACGCCGUGGAACAAAACGGUUUCCAUUACAAUUAUUGCUGUUGCCCGUAUUCCUCCUGCCAGGAGAGGAGUCAGCAAAACCAGAAUGCCUCUUGAGAUGGGUGAUUUGAGGAUUGUUCUUCUGGGUAAGAGUGUGUCAGAGAACAGCCAAGUGGGAAACUUCAUCUUAGGAAGAGCAGCGUUUGACAGUGAAUCUCCUUCAGAUGAUGUAGUGCCGUACAGUGACCGAGUCCGAGGAAAACAUGUGACUGUCAUCAACACUCCUCUCCUGCUCAACCCUGAUCUCUCACUGCGUCACAUCACACAGGCAGUGAAGGAGUGUUUGUCUCUGUCUGCUCCGGGACCUCACGUGAUCAUUCUGGUCCUCAAACCUGAUGAGUGUUCAAGAGACGAGAAAGUGUGCAUCGAGAUCCUGCUCAGCUGUUUCUCUGACCGUGUGUUUCAGCACACCCUGGUGCUCACGACACAAGAGCCAGAGCGCACUGAGCCGACUGAAGUCAAUCAUGUCAUAAAGGAAAUCAUUAAAAAAUGUUGGAACAGACACAGCAGAAUGGAGAGAAGCAGCACUCCAGCCGACCUUAUAGCCACAGUAAAGGAAAUUGUUCAGGAGAAUGAAGGAUGUUACUUGAAUUGUAACAAAUGUGAAGAUUUCACUACAGACGCCACAGAAAGAGAUGCACUCAGCAAAUAUUUGGAGAAACCCAAGGCAGAUGCUACUGCAGGAGGAGAAGCAUCAGAGGCAAGCCCCAGUCCUACCUGUGAAGAAGACAAACCAGACAACUCAGGGACAGCCACUGCAUUGAUACCAGAUUCUGACCAGACUAGGCCAUCAGCAGAUGAGGGACUAAGUUCUACCACUACUGCUACACAUCUGCAGGCUUCUGAGGUCCAUUUACAACCAUCAGAAACAGCUGUUGCCCAUAUUCCUCCUGCCAGGAGAAGAGACAGCAAAUCCAGAAUGCCUCCUGAGAUGAGUGAUUUGAGGAUUGUUCUUCUGGGUAAGAGUGUGUCAGAGAACAGCCAAGUGGGAAACUUCAUCUUAGGAAGAGCAGCGUUUGACAGUGAAUCUCCUUCAGAUGAUGUAGUGCCGUACAGUGACCGAGUCCGAGGAAAACAUGUGACUGUCAUCAACACUCCUCUCCUGCUCAACCCAGAUCUCUCACUGCGUCACAUCACACAGGCAGUGAAGGAGUGUUUGUCUCUGUCUGCUCCGGGACCUCACGUGAUCAUUCUGGUCCUCAAACCUGAUGAGUGUUCAAGAGACGAGAAAGUGUGCAUCGAGAUCCUGCUCAGCUGUUUCUCGGACCGUGUGUUUCAGCACACCCUGGUGCUCACGACACAAGAGCCAGAGCGCACUGAGCCGACUGAAGUCAAUCAUGUCAUGAAGGAAAUCAUUAAAAAAUGUUGGAACAGACACAGCAGAAUGGAGAGAAGCAGCACUCCAGCCGACCUUAUAGCCACAGUAAAGGAAAUUGUUCAGGAGAAUGAAGGAUGUUACUUGAAUUGUAACAAAUGUGAAGAUUUCACUACAGACGCCACAGAAAGAGCGGCACAGGUAGAAACAGCUCAGGAAAAAGCAAUUAGACACUGCCAGUCUGCUGUUAAUGACAAACUUAAAAUUUCAAGAGAAACCACAAGCAGUGAAAACAUGGGACCAGAUCUCAGCAAUGCAAAGGCCUUAAGUGUUGCACAAAAAAUAAAGGACAAGCGGAGCAGAAAAAUAGAAGAUGGAAGCAAUGAAAACCUACCAAUGUUUAAACUCCAUCUGGAUGAAACAUGGCAGAACAGUGAUGGAUUCUGCAGAAGAAGCACAUUUGGGAAAACCAUCACAAAAGAGAACAAGACCAUUAUGAUGAUCGGAGCCACAGGUGCAGGAAAAACCACUCUAAUUAACAGCAUGAUCAACUUCAUUCUGGGAGUGGAAUGGGAAGACGACUUCCGGUUUGUGCUGAUAGAUGAAGGGAAGCAGAAAUCCCAGGCUGAAAGUCAGACGUCACAGAUCACAGCAUAUCAAAUUAAUCACAUGGAUGGCUUCCGAGUCCCAUAUUCUCUGACCAUAGUGGACACACCAGGCUUUGGUGACACCAGAGGAAUUUCACAUGACCAGAAAAUCAUAGCACAGAUUCAUGAGUUCUUCUGUGCCCGUGGAGGGAUUGACCACAUUGAUGCUGUGUGUUUCGUAGUACAGGCUUCUCUUGCUCGUCUGACACACACACAGAAAUAUAUCUUCGACUCCAUUCUUUCCAUAUUUGGGAAGGAUAUUGCUCAAAACAUCCUUGUGCUGGUCACUUUUGCAGAUGGGAAAGCGCCUCCUGUUCUCGAGGCCAUCAAAGUCUCUCAGGUUCCCUGUUCUACCAAUGAGUCCGGAGAUCCACUUCAUUUCAAGUUCAACAACUCUGCCAUGUUUGCUACCAAUAAUAAAGCUGGAGGAGCUAAGGAGUCUGAUUGGGAAAACUUUGAUCAAAUGUUCUGGAAUCUGGGAUUUUCUAGCAUGACCAAGUUCUUCAUAUCCCUUAACAUGAUGCAAACUAAGAGCUUGUCUCUGACACAGGAGGUCUUAACAGAGCGACAACAGCUAGAAGUGCUUGUGGAACGUCUCCAGCCCCAGAUUAAUGCUGGUCUGACAAAACUGAAUGAAAUCAGGAACACAUAUGCUGCUCUGGAGCAGCACAAGGCUGAAAUGGAUGCAAACAAGGAUUUUGAAUACGAGAUUGAAGUAACUGUCCCAAAACAGAUCAAAAAUACAUCUAAAUCCUUCUUAACCAACUGCCAAAAUUGCCACUUCACAUGUCAUGACACAUGCGCUUAUGCAAAUGACAGUGAUAAAGAUAAGUGCUCUGCCAUGAAAAAUGGAAAGUGUAAUGUCUGCCCUGGAAAGUGUGUCUGGAAUGUGCACUUCAAUCAGAAAUACAAAUGGGAUUAUGUCACAGAAAAAAGAAAGGAAACCUAUCAGGAUUUGAAAAAGCGAUAUGCGGCUGCACAUGGACAGGUCAUGUCAAAAGAAAAGAUCUUUGAAGAGCUUGAAAAUGAGCUUGAUGUUGUCCGGGAUACUGUGGCUGGACUAAUUAAACGCUCUCAAAUGUCCUUGAAGCGGCUGCAGGAAAUUGCCCUCAAGCCCAAUCCUCUUUCUGUCCCUGACUACAUUGAUCUGAUGAUCGAGUCUGAAAAACAAGAAGCCAAACCAGGAUUUAAAGAUCGCAUUCGGUCUUUAUCGGAAGUCAGGAAGAAAGCAGACCUCAUCAGUAAGGUUUCCAAAGGAGAAGUGCUUCCACAGCAUUUGAAAGAAUACAAACGCACAGGGAAAAAAAAAACUUUCAGUGAUAUAAAAAGCUGGUUCAAUUUUGGAUUCUGGGAAAAGUAGGCAGGAACCAGCGAAUGAUAAAUUCAACUUUCAUCAACAGUCAACACAAAAUGAAAGUAAAGAGGAACGCCCUCACAGACGACUGCUGCACAAACAAAACUCCCUGGCCCAGUCCUCUCACAUCUUUCACUGUCGUUACUCCUCCUUUUAUCCUUCCAGAGCUCCACCAUGGGACUCGUGACCGGUGUGACACACAGGUGACGUUCAUUUACACUCGCACCACCAGCCUCGCUCUGUCUUCAUCUUCAGUCUACAUAUGAUGUACAAUACCCACCUGUAUUAUUUUGUAACAGUUUGUUAAAUCCAUACAUCUAAAACUGAUCUAUGUCAUAUUGCUUUAACUAAAAAUGUCACAAAUGUUCAGAAUGUAUCAGAAUGCUGUUUUGGGAUGAAGUAAUAUCACUUUCACUGUAAAGUUACUAAAUCUAAACUCUGUGUACUGCCAAUGAAUAGUAAUAAAUGUUCCCUGGAUACUUA